AUGAGUGCUGCUGAGCUGGCCAGUCUUGGCCUUGGCUUGCUGCGCCGAGCCGAGGAAGAUAGCGAGACUGGAGAUGAUGCGCAAAAGGAAUUCUUCGCGGCAUGGGCCAUCUUUAUCUGUAUCCUGCUGCUCGUCAUCACCUUCUUCGUCAGCUACAUGCUCCAGAUGAAAAAGGUCACGGCCAUUCACGAGACGGUUAUAUCCAUCUUCGCUGGUAUGAUUGUUGGUCUCGUCCUAUUAAUCACCUCCGGCGACUCGAUUCGAUCACCCCUCAAUUUUGACUACCAAAUUUUCUUCAAUCUUCUCCUGCCGCCGAUUAUUCUCUCCUCUGGUUACGAACUACACCAGGCCAACUUCUUCCGAAACAUCGGCACCAUUCUGACCUUUGCCUUUGCCGGCACAUUCAUGUCCGCCGUGGUUAUUGGCCUGAUCCUCUGGCUGUACUCGAUGAUUCCCGGAGCUAUCAACAUGACGUUUGUCGACGCCAUCUCUGUCGGCGCGACCCUGUCUGCCACCGAUCCCGUCACCAUUCUCGCCAUUUUCAAUACGUACAAAGUCGAUCCCAAGCUUUACACCAUCAUUUUCGGCGAGUCUAUCCUCAACGACGCCAUCGCCAUUGUCAUUUUCGAGACGGCGCAGAGAUACAAAAAGGGAGAGGCUGUCAGCCACGGAAUAAUUAGCUUCUUCGAAGGUACUGGCAUCUUCUUGCUAGUUUUCUUUGGUUCCUUGUUGAUUGGUGUCGUUGCUGGCGUCGGCACCGCCCUGCUCCUCAAGUUUACCUACGUCCGCCGCUUCCCCAAGACAGAGAGCUGUGUCAUUAUUCUGAUCGCCUAUGGAACAUACUUCUUCUCUCACGGUGUUCAUCUCUCCGGUAUCGUGUCGCUUCUUUUCUGCGGCAUCACGCUCAAGCACUAUGCUUACUUCAACAUGUCUCGACGCACUCAACUCACCACAAAGUACAUCUUCCAGGUCAUGUCGCAACUUGUCGAAAACUUCAUUUUCAUCUAUCUCGGUCUUGCGCUCUUCACCGAAAGCGCUCUGCAGUUCCAGCCACCUCUCAUCAUCGUCACAGUGUGUGCCGUCUGUGCCGCCCGCUGGGUCGCCGUUUUCCCUCUGUCCAAGGUCAUCAACGCCGUUAUCCGCUACCGUGCCAGACGCCGCGGCCUUGAAGUUAGAGAUGAGCUGCCGUACAACUACCAAGCCAUGCUCUUCUGGGCCGGUCUUCGCGGCGCCGUCGGUGUGGCGCUCGCCGCUCUCCUCACUGGCGAAAACGCCCUCGCCCUGCGCGCCACGGUGCUGGUCGUCGUUGUGCUCACCGUCAUCAUUUUUGGCGGCACCACUGCCCGUAUGCUCGAGAUCCUCGGCAUCCGUACCGGCGUGGUGGAGGAAAUCGAUAGUGACGACGAGUUCGACAUCGAGACGUCGUUUGGCGCCGGGAUUCAAAACAAGCGCUCCGGCUUUAGCGGCCGCCGCAACGGCAACGUCGCCCUGUCCAGCCUCGAGCGCGAGGGCCGCGGCGCGGCUUUUGUGUCGGGCCACUCGUCGCCGCACAUUGACGGAAGUGGACGCACUCGCAGCAUCAGCCGUAAGAAUUCGGCUCGCGGCGGCCUCGCCAACCCUGACGAUUUUGAGCGCGCUGAUCUUCUCGGUCGCGCCGAGGAAUCAGACCUGGGCAGUGACAUUGACACAUCCGAUCUUCCGCCUCCGGCCCGCCGCUCGCCAAACCCACCACACGGCUCCUCGUCGUAUACGCCUCCUAGUGCAUUCAUGAGUCCUGCUGAACCCGCGUCCGAGCCCCUGACCGCUAGAGGCGCCAUCAGGCAGCUGCUCACGAGCGAGGACCCCGCGAGCCUCUUUCGCCAGCUAGACGAGGACUUUAUCAAGCCCCACCUGCUACUGCACGACGAUGGAGGCAGACCGCAUGGACACGGUGGUGGUAGUGGUGGAGGUGCCGUAUAA